GAGGGAUUCUGGGCUGGCAGUUGUUUCUGUGUUUCCUGGUUUUUGUGGGAACCCAGCACCAGUGCAAAGUUUAGCUGCUUUUGUAAGCUUGGCUUGCAAUGAAAAAUCAAGAAAAUAGUGAUUGGUUCUCGGAAUUCAGUGUUGGUUUUAAUCGGAAGUGUAAUACUCAAUUUGAAUACCCCGUCUCUAGAAACUGAACAAUUUCCAAAUGCCAAUAUGGCUUUGAAUCCCAAACCUUAAAUUUGCCUAAAUCCCAAACCUUAAAUUUGCCUAAUAUCACCAAAAAAAUGCUAGAGGUAAAAUUGUUCUGCAUUCCCAUUUGGCUGUUCAUUUCUCAUGUUUAAAAACCAGGAGUGAUGGUUUUCAGAUUCUUCACACUUAAAUACCUUUCAGCCAGUAUCCGUACUCUCUACAAAUGGUUAUCUCUUUGCCAGCUGCCAUAAUAAUAAUGUGAGCAUGCAGAUUUUAUUGGUGGACACGAGGCCCAAGUUGUAUUUGUUUUGUGACAAGACUUGGAGCAUAAAGUAAUCAUGACAGAGAACGCUGAAAUUGAGGACCAAGUGGAUUUUGAUGAUGACAAUUACAUUGAAGAAGAAGAUGAUGUCGAAGAACCCAUGGAGGAUGAAGGAGAUGGAAAAGGUGGUGAGGAUGAUGUUGAUGAACUUCAAGAGGACAUAAGUGGAGAUAGCAGGAAAGAGCAGACACCUGGGAUGAUUGGAAACAAUCUUGGCAAUGAGCAUGUGGAAGAUGAAGAAAAGCCUAGCACUCCCAUUAAAGAAGAUGACAAAGAGAAGCAUGCUGAACUUCUUGCUUUUCCUCCUCAUGGCUCUGAAGUUUUCAUUGGUGGAAUUUCUCGAGAUGUUUCAGAAGAAGAUUUGAGGGAACUCUGUGAACCCUUUGGUGAAAUUUUUGAGAUAAGAGUCAUGAAGAAUAGAGAUACUGGUGAAAGUCGAGGUUUUGCUUUUGUAGCCUUCAGAACAAAUGAUGUUGCACAGAAGGCCAUUGAAGAGUUACAUAGCAAAGAAUUCAAGGGGAGAACAAUUCGGUGUUCGCUGUCAGAAACCAAAUAUAGAUUGUUCAUUGGCAAUGUCCCAAAGAGUUGGACUGAUGAUGACUUCAGAAAAGUCAUUGAAGCUACUGGUCCUGGAGCAGAAACCAUAGAACUCAUAAAGGAUCCGCAAAACCAAAGCCGUAACCGAGGUUUUGGUUUUGUGGAAUAUUACAACAAUGCUUGUGCUGAUUAUUCUAGGCAGAAAAUGUCAAAUGCAAAUUUUAAUCUGGAUGGCAACACACCAACUGUGACAUGGGCUGAUCCGAAAAUUACGCCUGAUAAUUCUUCUGCCACCGCCCAGGUCAAGGCUCUUUACGUGAAGAACAUACCUGAGAGUACACCCACUGAGCAAUUAAAGGAACUCUUCCAGCGCCAUGGUGAAGUAACUAAAGUUGUUAUGCCACCAGCCAAAAGUGGCGGGAAAAGAGAUUUUGGCUUUAUUCACUAUGCGGAAAGAUCAAGUGCAUUGAAGGCUGUCAAUGACACAGAAAAGUACGAAAUUAAUGGUCAUUUGUUGGAAGUUGUUCUUGCAAAGCCUCAGACUGAGAAAAAGUUUGAUACGGCAAGUCCUCACAAUUCCGCACCCAUGCCAAAUUAUAUUCCUCAUCCUGGAUAUGCUGGUAUACCUUUGAAUCCAUAUGCUGCCCCCAUGGCAUCUGGGUAUGGUGCAGCUGCCGGACUCCAGCAGCAGCCUAUGAUUUAUGGAAGGGGACCAAUGCCAGCAGGGAUGCAGAUGGUGCCAAUGGUUUUACCAGAUGGUCGAAUUGGCUAUGUUCUUCAGCAGCCUGGCGUACAGAUGUCACCUCCAGUCAGACCCCGGAGGAACGAUAGGAGCAAUGGUGCUGGUGGACCGCAAGCACGAGGAGGAACCAGCAGUGGCAAUGAUGAUUCUAAUCGUGGUAGACGUUAUCGACCCUAUUAGAAGUGUGGCCUCAUUGUAUUUAUUGUACUUGAAUCCCUAGUUCAUGGAGAAAGGGUUAACUUAUUUUAGUUUUUAGAUACCAUGAAGCAGCUUAUUUAGGUUUUGUCAUGAGUGGCACGGGUUGGAGAUCUUGUUACAGCUGCAUGAUCAUUUCUCAUGUUGUUUACGUUUAGUUUCGUUUUAUUGGCGGAAAUAUAGUUGGACCUUUUGUUGCUAAAUAUGCACAAAACAUGUACUUUGUUUCAUUUUAUAAAAUUUACGUUUGAUUAA